UUAUCCGUUCUUCGCUCCCUUCCUUCUUAGUGCUUCUCAGUUCUCUAUCGUAUUCCACCGAUCCAGAUCUGAUCGCCCUCCAAACGCUGAGAAGAAAAGUUUGAAACGCAGAGAUUUUAACCGAAACACAACGUAAUGGCGGUGGUAUCGCCUAUGGCCAAGUACAAGCUGGUGAUAGUCGGCGAUCAAUCGGUCGGCAAAACCAGCAUUAUCACUCGCUUCAUGUUCGACAAAUUCGAUACUACCUAUGAGGCUACCAUUGGAAUUGAUUUUUUAAGUAAGACAAUGUAUCUUGGAAAUCGACCAGUUCGCUUGCAACUCUGGGAUACUGCUGGUCAGGAGAGGUUUAGAAGUUGUAUCCCUAGUUACAUAAGAGAUUUUUCUAUUGCAGUGAUAGUAUAUGACGUUACAAACCGUCAAUCAUUUUUGAACACUUCAAAGUGGAUUGAGGAAGUACAGGCUGAAAGAGGAAAUGAUGUCAUUAUUGUUCUUGUUGGGAACAAAAUUGAUCUUGUUGAUAAAAGGCAAGUUUCAAUAAAAGAAGGUGGUGCCAAGGCUCGUGAGUUCAGUUUCAUGUUUAUAGAAACUAGUGCUAAAGAUAGAUUUAAUAUCGAGUCCCUCAUGGCUCAAGUCGUGCUUCGCAUUCAAGUCAUCAAACUAGAAUCUACCUUGGAGGCAGAGCGGAAGAAUGUGGAGCGGCAGAUGUUAGAGGUGGGGACUUCCUGCCAGGAGGCCUUAAACAAAUACAAGGGGUCGGCUAUUUUUCGGGAGGAUGUUAUGGCAGAGGCUCGUUGUCAUCUACAGGAGUUGGCUAUGGAGUGGCUGGGCACAUCAGUUGGGAAACAAUACCUGGUCAACUCUAGAAAUAAGGACUAUCACUCGAGUGCACAAGAUAUGCAGAAGAGAAUUUAUGCGGUGUUUCUAGCCCGAGAUCCUACUUUUGUGCCCGAGGAGCAAGGUUUUCCCGGAUGGCUGGCUGAUUAUGAGCCCCAAGUCGCCGUUCCUACUACCCCCGCUAAUCACCAGGGGGUCGAGGACACUGAAAGCAUUGGCGAUAGUUCAAAGAUCCUGAUGGACCCUGCAUAUUUGGACUCGGCUAACCUUACAGUUUUGGCAGUGAUGGAUCAUACUCCAGUUCCCCCGUUACCCGACACCGAACGUCAGACUAUUACGGACCUAAAGGAAGAAGAUGAUCAAUCAAGCGCCUUGCAACUUAAUCACACCCACCGCGAUGCAACCGACUUCUUUUCACCUACUGGGCCAUCGAAGAAUGGAGUGACCAGAGUCCCUCAGUCUCUUAUAACCCAGGCUGAGUUCUGCAAACAAGUCAAGCUUCUCUUGGGCAGAGUUAAAGCCAUCCAGUGGGACCCCACCUACCAUGCCAAGCAGAUGGAGGACCUGAACCUUCAGAUCGACCAAUUGAAAUCUACCUUAGAGGCAGAGCGAAAGAAUGUUGAGCGGCUGAUGCUAGAGGUGGCUACUUCUCGCCAGGCGGCCUUGGACGAGUAUAAGGGGUUGGCCAUUUUCCAGGAAGAUGUUGUGGUAGAGGCUCGUCGACAUCUGCCGGAGUUAGCCAUGGAGUGGCUAGGCACGUCGAUUGGGGAGCAGUACCUCGUUGACUCCUCAAAGAAGAACUACCACUCAGGUGCACAGGAUAUGCAGAAGGAAAUUUAUGCAGUGCUUCUAGCCCAAGAUCUUACUUUUGUGCCUGAGGAAGAAGGCUUUCCCGGAUGGCUGGUUGACUAUGAGUCUUGGGUCACUGUUCCUGCUACCCUCGCUAAUCACCAGGGGGCCAAGGACACUGAAAGAGUCACCUAAAAGGUGCAAAUGGAAAUUUAAAGAUCUCAUAAGACAUAUCUGGACUCGACUACUAACAUCGAGCGUCAGACUAUUAUGGACCUGGAGGAAGAAGAGGAUCAGUUCUUUGCAACUUAAUCGCACCCAUUGUGGGGCAAACAAAUCCGUCCAACCCACUGGGCCAUCAGAUAGUGGAGCGACCGGAGCCCCUCAAUCUAGGGCUUAAUUGUGUUCGAUCAGAACUGUUUUGUUUUGUUUUUUUUUUUUUAAAUAAAAAUUGCCCCCCCCCCUCCCCCCUCCAAUUGUAAUAGAAAUAGGGUCUUUUGAAAAUUUUAAUGAAAGUGAAAAUGAUCGGGGCUUAAUUGUGUCCGAUCCAUCGUGGUUCGCUCA